CCGAAGUUGUGCACUUUUCGAUUUAGGAUGUCGCGGUCGACAUUGCGACGCGGAAUCAAUUGUGCACUAUCCAUCCAUCCAACCAACGACGACGACGACGACGAGCUAUCCAGCACCGCAGCGAAUCCAUCCAUCCAUCCAUCUAUCAGUCCGCUGUACUGUUGAUCUGUCCACAGAGUAACUCCGAAAUCCGUAGAACGCAUAUCUCAAGAUGGUCCAAAAGGCGAAGCAGUUCCAGGACAAGGAGAAGCCAAUCGAAGUCCGAACCAGCAACAUCAUCGCAGCGAAGGCCGUCGCCGAUGCUAUCCGAACGAGUCUGGGUCCCAAGGGGAUGGACAAAAUGAUCCAGACUGGGAAAGCUGGGGAAAGCGUGGUGAUUUCCAACGAUGGAGCGACGAUCAUGAAGCACAUGUCGGUGCUUCACCCCGCGGCGAAGAUGUUGGUCGAUUUGUCGGCAGCACAGGAUGUGGAGGCGGGAGAUGGAACAACAUCUGUCGUAGUUCUGGCUGGAAGCUUUCUGACUGCUGCCGAGGGACUUUUGGACAAGGGAAUACAUCCUACCAUCAUCGCAGAGUCGUUCCAGCGUGCCGCAGCAAAAGUGUGCGAAUAUCUCACCGAGAUGUCCGUGCCAUUGGACUUGAAUGACCGCGAAUCGCUGUUGAAGAGUGCCACAACAUCUUUGAACUCCAAGAUCGUUUCACAAUACUCCAGUCUGCUAUCGCCCAUCGCCGUCGACAGUGUCUUAAGAGUCAUUGACCCUGCGAUCACAGACAAUGUAGACCUUAAGGACAUUCGAUUAGUGCAGAAAGUCGGAGGAACCCUCGAUGAUACGGAGCUGAUCGAUGGUCUGGUGUUAACCCAAAACGUCAUCAAGAGUGCUGGCGGCCCAACUCGCAUGGAGAAGGCGAAAAUUGGGUUGAUUCAGUUCCAGCUCUCCCCACCGAAGCCUGACAUGGAGAAUCAGGUUGUAGUGAACGAUUACCGACAAAUGGACAAGAUUCUCAAGGAAGAGCGUCAAUAUCUCCUGAACAUCUGCAAAAAAAUCAAGAAGACCGGGUGCAAUGUCCUCCUGAUUCAAAAGUCUAUUCUGAGGGAUGCCGUCAACGAGUUGUCGCUUCACUUCCUGGCGAAGCUGAAGAUUCUCGCCAUCAGGGAUAUCGAGAGGGACGAAAUCGAGUUCAUCUGCAAGUCUACGGGAUGCAAACCCAUUGCGGACAUUGACUCGUUUACGGAAGACAAGCUCGGAUAUGCUGAUGUCGUCGAGGAGGUGGAGAGCUCGGGAGCAAAGGUCGUGAAGGCCCUCGGUGUGAAGAACGCAGGAAAGACCGUUUCUAUAUUGAUUCACGGUUCCAACCCAUUGGUUCUGGAGGAGGCGGAGCGUUCUCUGCACGACGCGCUUUGCGUGUUGCGAUGCUUGGUCAAGAAGCGCGCGUUGAUCGCUGGAGGAGGUGCACCCGAGAUUGAGGCGUCCCGGCGGUUGAUGGAGCACGCUAGGACUCUGAAGGGCAUGGAGGCAUAUUGCUUCCAAGCUUUCGCGGAGGCCCUCGAGGUCAUUCCCACCACCUUGGCAGAGAACGCUGGUCUUCACCCCAUCGCGAUUGUGACCGAGCUGCGCAACCGUCACGCCAAGGGGGAGGUGACUGCCGGUAUUAACGUCCGAAAAGGCGCCAUCACCAACAUUUUGGAGGAGAAUGUCGUUCAACCUUUAUUGGUGUCUACCAGCGCUAUCAACCUCGCUGCGGAGACCGUCAAGAUGAUCAUGAAGAUUGAUGACAUUGUCGCUGUACGAUAAACUUAAUACGAGGGAGACCUGCGGGAGAUCCUGAGGCGCGCAGAUCCGCGGGAGUCAGGAGUGACGGAUGCUGGUGAGGGGGAUUCUAUGUAAUGGCAAGGGCUUUGAGCCUUGUCAGCGUCUUGUAAUAUUUUUGUAAAAACCGGUAGCGUUGUAAAUGUGAAUAAACUUGGACGAUGAAAAGAAAGAGAAGCGAGGAGUAGAAUAAGUGCCAUUCGGAUGUCCCUUGGCUGAUCACACUUGGAUGAGAUGGAUAGGAAAACAACGUGACAAGACGACCAGGUUGUCCGAAACCGUCGAAGCGGUAACUAAAACCCGUCGCCAACUUUUCAGGGAAGCCAAAUUUG